AUGGCUCAAUCACCAGAAUUCUCAGCUCUCCAAGCCAUCGUGGUAGAUUUACAACGCAGAUUCGCCGAAGCUCACCUAGGACCAGCUCCCAUAGAGGAAGCCAAGGACGAAGUUUGUAUCUACAAUGAUCCAAAGGAGGUAGACUUAAACCUCUUCAAAUCAGCCAUAAACAUAUUCAGCGGAGACUAUCAGGAAUAUCGUAACUGGAGAAGAUUAGCUAUUACAUUAAUGAAUAAUGUAAAACAAUUCCGUGGACAAAAUAUCUACACGGAAGCAUUAAUAUUAAUUCGAGGAAAGAUAACUGGGAAAGCGGCCCAGAUACUCAUCAACAAUAACACAAAGUUAAACUUUGAUGAAAUAAUAGACAGACUGGAUAACUCCUAUGCAGAUCAGCGACCACUGUAUGUCCUGGAGGAAGACAUAAUGAAUAUACGUCAAGAAAACAAACCUCUUCACGUGUACUUCGAUCACCUUAAUCAGGCAUUAAACACUGUAUUAUCCAAAAUAGAAAUGCAGCACAAAAAUGAGAACGUGAUCAAUGCGUUAUCACAAGAGAUACAACUGAAAGCAGUCAGGACAUUCAUCGCGGGACUAAGAAGUGCAGCAACUAAAAAUGCACUGUACUCCAGAGCCUGCACCAACAUCAUGGAAGCAUAUGGUAUCGCGAGAACCAUGCAACAUGACUCACAAUAUCAUCAGCUAGAAUAUAUACCACGGGUAUCACAGAUGAGGCAACCCAUGAUGCAAGGAUACCAACAGUUACAGCAGUAUCAACAGCAAAGACAACCACCAGUCGAACCUAUGGAUGUAGACUCAUCAGGACGAUUCCGUAGGCAUGCACAGCAUACGCAAAGAAAUCAACAACAAGAAUAUCCUCAGCGACAGCUGCCGCCUCAACAAAGACCCAAUCAUCCAUUCAGGCAAGUUGUACAAAACUUUGGCCAACAGUUCAAGCGAUCACGGGAUGAGACAUCACUCGCACCACAAAGUAAGGCCCAACGAGUGAACCAGAUCAAAGAAGGUGAAGACGAGGAUGCAGGAUCUUUAUAUAAUGAGGUAUCUAGCGUCAAUUAUACUAGUAACAAACAGAAACAUUUUUUUAUAAGGCAUCACGGUCUUCCAACACUCCGACGUACUGCACCAGACGGAAGAUACGUGUAUAUACUAAUAGAUACAGGUGCCACGAGUAGUUAUGUAAGUAAAGACUAUCCAUUUGCAGAAAGGAUAAGACUAGAUAAACCAAUAAAAUUUAAUACACUACAUGGAACUUCAGUAGUAACACAUAAAAGAGAAAUUAACUUAGUAGGGUUUGAUUUGGAUUUUUAUGAAACCGCAGAUCUAAAAGAAUUCGACAUACUAUUAGGGGGAGACGCCUUACGUAAAAUGAAAGCUAGAAUAGAUCUGUUUGACUACUCGGCAACAUUUGAACAGGAGAAUACUCUACAGAAUAGGAAUCAAGAAAGAAUUAAUUAUACAAUAGGGAAUAAAACCUAUGAAAAAGAAAUACACGAGCUAAUGAAGAAUAAUUAUAAUAAUGAGAUAUUACCGUUUACAACAACGAUACAAGCAGAAAUUAGGACAGAGACUCAAGAGCCAGUCUGGGUUCGUCAAUAUCCAUACUCUUAUGCAGACCAAGAUUUCGUAAAGCAAGAAAUAGAAAAAUUAUUAAAUAAUAACAUUAUUAAAGAAAGCAAGAGUCCAUACAACUCACCAAUAUGGACAGUUUCAAAGAAAGGACUAGACGAAGAAGGAAAAUCAAAGAAACGAAUGGUGACAGACUUUCAGAAACUGAAUAAGCAAACGAUCGCAGAUAGAUAUCCAAUUCCAGAUAUAACAAUGACGUUACAGAAUUUAGGGAAAGCAAGAUAUUUUACAACACUAGAUUUAGAAUCUGAAUUCCACCAAAUAUUAAUUAAACCAGAAGAUAGGGAAAAAAACAGCCUUCUCGGUAAAUGGAGCUAA